UCAGGAAGUCGUUUAUAGACAGCCUCCGUAAACAGUGUUUCUCUUUAAUAGAACGGUAGUGAUGUAUACGCUGUCCAAAGGCCCAAGCAAAAUCUUAGCUAAAAGUAAAACAAGAAGAGGGAUUACGCAAAAGGUGGAUAGCCUUGAAAGUUCGAGGGAUUUUGCGAGCAAGCGCCCUGGGGAACUCAACGACUCUAUUGAUAUGAGCUCCCCUAAACCUGUAUUCCAACAAGUAAAUGGUAGGAGGUUUCAUAGUCAGAAAAGCAAUCAAGAUACUAUUACACCACAGCAUGAAGAAAUCACAAGAUAUAUUUAUGACACAUGGAAGCUAGUGAGUAGGGAAUAUGAUGCUGCCAAACAGCCAGGUGCUGAAGGGAAAAUGCAUAGUGUGGUAUAUUAUCAAGACAACUGUUCAUGCAGUCAACUACCAAAAUUUGAGCCUUUUGAUUUGGAGUUAUUCUGGGGCCAGCGGGUUAUCCAAAGCAUUACUCAAUCAACGUAGCAUUAGCUGAUAGUGACUUGAGAUUAUCUUUAGUUUUACAACUGACAUUGUGAGAUAAUAGGGGAUGUACUAAGCAGUAAAUUAUAGCAUUCCAGUGAUGCUGUGCUUGGUACAGCAACAAAAAAUCCCCCCCCCCCCCACAGCAAUUUAUUCUUUUGCAUUUCAACCAUGGAUACUUGUUCAUCAUAUGAUUUUAAAGUUUGAUCUUAGUGGAUUAUUAUAUACUGUUUCAUACAGCAGUAUGUGUUAUAAGAUUACAGUUCUGCAGGAAAUCUUUAUAUUUUUUGUAUAAAUGAAUCAGACAUGUAGAAUUCUUAUGUAUAGUCGAAAUACAUAUGUAGAUUUUUUCAUGAUAGAUGCUAUAAAGAUGAUUAAUAUAC